UGCUUGUGUGCGUGCGUGUGUUUGUGUGUGUGCAUGAGUUUACGUCCGAAAAAGACUUGCAUGGGAGUGGAGAGUGGAGUAAUUCCAGCUCUCUUAGAAACAACUUCUCUGCACGGAACCCGUCCGGUAGUUUGGCACCGGAGCGCCCGGACGUCUCUGCUGUAUCCCGGGACAGUGGCAAAAAAGUUGCGGCGUCCGGCGACUUAUAGGAACGGGAUUUCCAGGGCUGUGAGGAUUUAUUUAAGGAGUGAAGGAGGAGAGCUUUUAUUAUUAUUAUUAUUUGCAACUCAAUGCAAAACUCUAGAAAACUUUGGGUGCUUGCUUCUGAAGGUGUUUGUUACUGAUGUAAACUGAUGCUGUCUGACUAUGUUUUGCGGACUGUGCGCUAGAUCACCCGAGAGUUGGAGAGUUGAAGGUUUUGUCGGGCGGCUGGCGAAAGUUUUGGCUUAUUUGAGUCGGCGACAGCAGUUCACUGGGCAGUGACUGUGUGCAAGCCUUCUUCGGAAAGCCGAUGAUGUUCAGCGUCUGAGUUGAACUUUCGGAUGCUGCAGGCGAGCAGGGAAACCGCGACCACCGGCUGCGCAUGUGGUGCGCACCGUGCUCAAACUCCCCGUCUUUGGAAACAAACGUAAAUCGAUGCGGCAUCCCCAGAGAGGCGGACGGGACCGACGGGACUCAUCCAAAACUGUCUAGGUUUGUCGUAUGUUCAAGUCGAAACGCUCCGGUCUUGUUCGGCGACUCUGGAGAAGCCGUCUGGUCACCGAGAGCGACGGGCGGGAUGGAGGCAGACGAGGCGAGGCGGCACGGCACGGUCACUCGGGAAGGCUCCACAGACACGAGCAGAGGUCGGUGACACGCAGUGACGCUGUGCCGGGACUCUCCGCAGAGGCUGGAGACAUGACGGAGACCAUUGAGAGGGACGAAGAGGAGCAAUCCGACGACGACCGGGGUGUCAUGUGCGUCGCGGGACGCAGGAGCUCCUUGCCGGAGCAGGAGGGCGACGGGAGAACUGUGACGUGCUGUUUGUUUGGGGAGUGGGAUCUUAGACCACGGAGCUCCUACUGGGCCCUGAGGAAAGACGCGGGGGCCCCUUGCCAGUGCGCACCCAGGCGCACCGGGCUCGAGGAGGACUUAGCGAGUACCGCUCACGCUUUUUUGAAAAGACUCAAAGACAGAUCUCUUGAUGCUCUGGUGAAGGCUGUGGAGACCAAAGGAGGGGUGCCAGGCGAGUGCGUCACCGUGCCGAGAACCGAUCUGCGGCUCGGCGGUCACCACGUCUCCCCCCAGUAUCUGUUGUGUCGGCUGUUUCGCUGGAGCGACCUGCCGCUGUCAGCCCGACUCAAGGCGCUGUGCCACUGCCAGAGCUUCGGCUCCGGAGACAGCGCAAAGGUGUGCUGCAACCCCUAUCACUACAGCCGGCUGUGCGGGCCAGAAUCACCUCCUCCUCCAUAUUCUCAGUCCCGUUCAGAUGAACACAAGCUACUGGACUCAGCUCUGUCUUACACUGAAACUGCAGCCCCCCUCCUUCCCAGUCCGCCCCACAUUAUGCCAAGAGACUACACAGACACUGGUACCUCCAUCGGCUCCUCCACCUCCGGCGGACACCGCUCUCACUGGUGCAGCGUCGCCUACUGGGAGCAGCGGACCCGCGUGGGCCGCCUGUACCCGGCCUACGAGCCCUCACUCAGUAUCUUCUACGACCUACCUCAGGGCACGGGCCUCUGCCUCGGCCAGCUCCACGCCAACGCCUACCGCAGCCGCCACGAGGACCCGAGCAUCCACGCCGCAUCGGACCCUUACCGGCACCACAGCCACGGAAGAGGAGGGAGAUCGGGAGGCAACGGCAGCGGCAGCGGCGGCAAUGUACAACAGAUUCGCAGUAAAAUCGGUUUCGGCAUCGUGCUGAGUCGCGAGGCCGACGGCGUGUGGGUCUACAACCGCAGCCAGCACCCGGUGUUCGUCCACUCGCCCACUCUGGACCUGCCGAGCGCUCGUGGGCUGAGCGUGAGGAGGGUGAUGCCUGGUUUCUCCCUCAAGGUGUUUGACUUUGAGUGUUCUAGCUGGAUGACAGAGCACGGCGUGAAGCCAGAGACUCAGGAAGGGCCCUGGGACCCCCACAGCAUCCGGAUCAGUUUCGCUAAGGGUUGGGGCCCCUGCUACUCCAGACAGUUCAUCACCUCCUGCCCCUGCUGGCUGGAGGUGCUGCUCAACACCCACAGAUAGCACACCGACACGGCCCGACUCACAGGAAGCAACCAGACUCACUACCCCAAUUGUAAUCUACCUAGAUUUAAUAUAAAUUUAUAUAUUAUAUAAAAUAUAUUUUACAUGUAAAUACUUGAGUCAUUUUUACGAUGCAAUUAUUUAUGUAUAGUGUAAUGUGUAUAUUGUCAACAUAAAAAGGAACAAGAAUAUGCACUUUGAUUCUAUAUAUGCAUUACAGCCUUUCAGUGUCUUUUGUUUUUUCAAACCUAAACUGUAAAAGUGACAAACUUGGUUUAUGUUCUCAAUAUUUUUCAAUUCCAUUAAAAUAUUUGCAUCACACAAACACACACACAUUGUCAAUAAAGUAUUUGUAUUAAAU